UCUUGACAAAUCGACCCACCUCGCACGCCCUGUCACCUACCCUUCGGUCACAUAUCACACACGUCCUCGUCCUCUUCCCGAACAAACACCGCGCGACCACUGUUGCUGUAAGACACCUCCUCCUCCAAGACUUCGCGACACCACUCACCACCUGCCUGCCUUCGCGAGCUUCUAAUCGAGACGAACAACCACACACACCGACGAGGGUGUACAAGCCACGGGCUUUGUCCCAAUCACAACGAUCAACAACGACAACAACAGCGCCAUGACUUCCGCCCACAAGCCCGACCUCUCCGGCCUGCCCGCCUUCAACGUCGCUGGCGGUCGCCCCGACGAGCGCUUCGGUACCAGGGGCUCCUUCACCCGCGGCGUGCACAUCAUGUCCGGUGGCCAUGCCCGCGACGUACCGCUCGAGGCCGAGGUCGAGCACGGCAAGGUGCUCUUCGUGUCCGCCGCUCACAAGCCGGAUCUCUCCGCCGAGGCCCGCACCAACGCCGUCCGCCCCACGGAGCGCCUCGGCUCCCGGGGCCGCUUCACCGCGGGCGUCCGUCGCUGGGCCGGUGGCGAGCCUCGUGACGUGCCGCUCCCGCGCGUACGCGACCCGGGUACCGUCCUGUUCGAGUCCGCCUCGGAACGCAGCAGGCCCUCCUUGUCCUUCUCGUGCGAGACCAACGUGUCCGGAGGCAGGGAGGACGAGCGCCACGGGCGGCUGGGAUCGUUCAAGCACGGGGUUGUCGAGGCUCGGGGAGGGCCGCUGCAGGUUCAGGCGGCCUUCGCGCGCGAGGUGGAGAAGCUGUGGCACGAGGGCGGGCAGAAGGAGAACAAGUACCGCCGCUGCGGGCCCAGCCACUUCGUCGCCGGCGUGUCUAUUCUGUCCGGCGGCAUGCCAGUCUACUGAGAGCAAAGAAUGGCUGCUGUUGCUACUGUACCGAGAGUAUGAGGCGCUUGUCAUGCUGUCGGCCUCAUGCGUGCUUGGUCAUUCACCAAAGGUUGCUCUUUGUUGGCACCGUGUUAAGCGUGUUUGGUCUUCCACCGGCACCAGCGCGAAUUUACCGUUAGUUUCUUUUUUGAGAGAGGGGGAAAUGUUGAGAGGGUUGCUAUCCUCUCGGGUCGUUUAAUUAUGUCGAUGGGUGCCCGUGGUGUGCUACAUGUCGAGAGCACCACGUAGCGGCC